AUGUAUUGCAAAAUCCUCUACCUUUCUCAUACAAAACAUGCAGCAGGAGGAGGAUAUAGAGCAAAUAAUCUGUAUUCGACGGUCUACAUUGGACCAUCGUAUGUAUAUGUGGGUCAUCCUUUUUCCAUAACCUGCACUGUAUCGAUAAGUGAAUCAAUUCAGUGGAUGAAAGAUGGUGAAUUAAUUGAAAAAUACAGCAAGUUAUUGGGGCGACAUCAUGUGAACGAGGAAAAUUCCUAUGUUCUCACCGAAUCUGAUAUCGAAGAUGGUGAGAAUAUACUUCAGGCUACGCUGAGUGUAAGUCAGGCUCAGCCAUGGCAUGAGGGCAAAUAUCAGUGCAAUAGACUCCAUCCCAAUUAUCACUUUUUGGAGGUUGUGGUGAAUAGUGAAAGAAAGGAUUUGCAUAGACAUCGCCAGAGGGAGCACCAUGGGAAGUUGAAGAUGACGACGACGAUUGGGGUUGAGAUGGAUGUCGUGGCGACGGAAUUGACGACAUUGAGGCCAGAGACGACACAAGAUCUGGACAGUGAAGAUGGUACCACGAGUGAAAUUGGUAAUGAUGAUGUCGACAGUCAAAUUGACGCCGGCACGACCACCAAAGCAGAUGAUGAAGUUGGGGGGGAGAGAUGGGCGGAAGAGGGGGAGGAGGACGAGGAGAAUGGGGGAAAACUGAAGAUGGAGGAGAUAGAAGUUGAGGAGACAGUGUACAAUGGAAUAGACGAUGAUUUAGUACUUGAUAUGGAUGAUGGGAAGAAGAAUGAGAGGAAAAUUGAGAUGGAAAAUGUUCAAGUCAAUGAAUUAGUGGAGCAUGGGAAUGAGAUGGAGACGAGCGUUACAAUUGAGGUGGAUGAGGAUGAUUUUGAAGAAUUAUCGACACUAUCCACCACUCAUGUUACCGUUCGUGCCAGUGAGAGUGAUGUCUGGAAGGUGACAGGAAAUGCUGGGGAAAUUGGGGCACGUGAGAUUUUCACAGAGGCCACUGUUGAAAAAGAUAAACAACCGGAGAAAAUUGUCAAGGGUGAUGUUAUAGUUCCAAAUUACGAUAUUACAGACGCUAAAUUAAAAGUAUUUGAAAUAAAACAUCCACUGGUACUGCAUUGCAAUGUAACAAAACCAGGAAACCACGAGCUUCAAUGGUUCAGAAAUGGCACAAGUGUGGAAAAUUUAGCAGAUUUAAAGGGCAGAUACACGAUACUUAAGUCUGAACAGAAAUUCGUGAUUGAUCGAACCCAGGAAUCCGAUGCUGGAUUGUAUACAUGUAGGCUGUCGCCAGAGGAGAGUAAAGAAAUAAAUGUAGUCGCAAAUGUCGCUGUUAAAUUACCAUCUAAUACGGCUGUAGUUGAAGGAGAGAGAUUAGCAAUUCAAUGUGUAGUCGUUGGAACGGAUCCAAUAAUUAAUUGGACAAUUCUCGAUAAUAUAACGUCACCUGAAGCAAAUAGUGAAUAUUCAUAUUUACCAGAUGAGAGAAAUAUUAAAAAUGCAAUUUUAGUGAUUGAGAGUGCCCGACUCACUUAUCGUGGGAAUUAUUCAUGUGAAGCAACUAACUUAGCGACAUUUCAUCGCAUUACAAAGCCCGCGGUGGCUGUAACGUUUUUGCGAGUGAAAGGUAAACUCGCCGCACUUUGGCCCUUCCUAGGAAUUUGUGCUGAAGUAUUCAUUCUCUGUGCCAUAAUUUUAGUCUACGAGAAACGACGAAAUAAGGCAGAUCCCGAUGAGAGUGAUACAGAUCAGAGUCCUGAACAAAAACUCGAUCCACAUGGUAAAGAGUCUGAUGUGAGACACAGAAAAUAAGAAUAAAUUAUCAAAUGAGAGAGAAUAAAGAAAAAAACAAAUAUACAUAAAAGUAUAUGAAUAAAAUAAAAAUCACGCAUGAAAAAGAAAUAAAGAUUAAAAAGCGCGAAAUGAAAAGAAGUCACAAGGAAAAUCAUUUCAGUGAAAUAAAAUUAAAGACGAUGAGAUAAAAUGUAGAAAGUUAGAAAUACAUUGAAUUAAAAGAAAAAAAGAUCCAUCAAUGAUCAGACAAGAAAAUAAAAACACUUUAAAAAAUAACACUAAUAGAAAAUUAAUAUAAGAAAUGAUAACAAAAAAAAUCGAGCGAUUGAAAAAAAGUGUAAAUUCUUACUUUCUUAGAUGAACAGAAUAUAAAAAAAAUUAGUGAGAUAGAAACUUUGAAAAAAAAAAUCAUUUGAGAACAAAUUUCGUGAAUAAAAAGUGUAAUUAAGUAAAAGAAAAAUAGAUGAUUUUAAAAAGAUUAGAACCCACGAAACACAAUAAAAAAAGGUAAGAAUUUCAUGUAAAAAAAAGAAUAUAAUUCCUAAAAAUUAAUAAAUUUAUCUUUUUUGAUUUCUUGUUAUUAUUUUUAAUCUUUCUGUGUUUUCUCUACAUGUAAGUCAUUAAAAGAAACUAUCUAGGAAUUAAAAAAAAUAAAAUUUAUUAAAAAAAAAAUUGUGAGAAAAGCGAAUUGAUGAAAGAUGAAGAAAAAUCACCAGAGCGCUUUGUAAGAAUUUUAAUAAAUAUACUUUUUUAUAGUAAAAAAAACGCGCCUGAUUAAUAAAAAAAACUUACAUAACUAUUAAUUAUAUUCAUUAUAAAAAAAUUAUUAUAUUGCAAAUGAAAUCCUAAUCUUGUUGAAUAUUUCUUGUUUCUUUCAUUACACUAAAUACAAAAAAAUUGUACACAGCUUUGAUCAAUUUUUUUUUAAUUUUUUUGUAUCAUACAAUUUAUUGUACCUAAUUAAAAAAAAUAUUUAUCUACCAAAACUGAGAGAAAGAAAAAUGAAGAAACAAGAAAAGUUUAUUAAAAAAAAGAACUACAGAAAAGUUUUACGUAUAUAUUUAAUGUUAUAAAAAGAACAAAAAAAAAUGAGGAAAAUAAUGACAUGAAGAACAAACCACUAACAAUCUGUUAAAAAAAAAGUUCAGCAAAUAAAAAUCAGACGAUCAGAACAUUUACACUGAGAUUUGGUUAGAAUUCAACCUAACCUCAAUGUAAACGGAAUUCUGAGAAAUGUUUUUUCGUGAAAUUUUUAAUUAAUUAAAUUUGCAAUUGUUGAUUGGCUUUUGGAGGAGUUUUAGUGACUAAAAAUUAGAGAGAAAAAUCGUACUCGUUCUCUCAUUUGGCUGUGAGGUUUUGUCAUUUCGGAAUGUUAGGUUAUGUUGGCCAUAACCUCGAAAUAAUCAAGUCAAAAAAACGCUUCGAAGUUUGUUUGAAAAGGACUGGCAAAUAGCUUCUCAUACCUUUCCAAAAAUACUAAGUUGCAUCAAUUUCUAACCUCAAAAACUUCAAGGAUUUUUUUUGGUUAGAGUUUGUGUCAUUCUGAAAUGCAAAUCAAAUGGGGAUCUUCAAUAACAAAAAAAAUCAGUAAGCAAUUUACUUCAGGAUGUAAGGUUAUAUUGAAUCUAACCUCAAAAUACCAUGAUUUUGGGCAAUAAAUUCCGGACUUGAAAAAUCUGGCAGGAAAAGUCAAGAAAAAAAGGUUUUGAAUAUAAUCUGGGAAGGGUUUCUUAUGAAAUUCUUACAAAAAGAUAGUCAUGUAGUCUUCGGAGCCACUGAAAACUCUGGGAAGAAAGACUUUAUUCUGUUUUGAAUUAACAUUAAAUUCUAACCUAAAAAACCGUUCUAGAUAUUUUUGAGGUUAGAAAUUUUGGAACCUAAAAGGCAAAAUCUAGGUUGAAAUUGUUAAAAAAGCAAACUAGAUAGUGCCCUGAGAUACCCCAAAAAAUGAUAAAGUAAUUUCAGAAUGUGAGGUUAUAUUGAAUCUAACCUCAAAAUGCCUUGACUUUGGACAAAAAAUUCCGGACGUGAAAAUCUGGCAGGAAAAACCAAAAAGCUUUUGAAUAUAAUCUUCUGGGAAGGGUUUCUUAUGCUUAUUGCAGUUUUUCAGCUGUUCAGAACGUAAGAAACCGGUAGGACGUGGAAAUUCUUACAAAACGAUAGCCCUGUUAUCGUCGGAGUGACUGAAGUAGGGGCAUAGGGCACUGACAAUCAUCGUACUUCCGUUCUGUAAAUCGUGUUCCGCAUUUUGAGUCACAUCAAAUUCUUCUAACUUAAAAAAUCAUUCAAGAUAUUUUGAGGUUAGAAUUUGUAACAAUUUAAGAGACAAAAUCUGUAUUGAAAUUCCUAAGAAAGCAAAGUAAAUUGAUAAUUUUCAUAACCAGCCAAAAAUGUUCAUAAUAAACUUAUUUCAGAAUGUGAGGUUAUAUUGAAUCUAACCUCUAAAAUCUGCGAAAGUGAACAUUUACGAAGUUUUACACAAACAAAGCUAUUUAAGUUUCAGCUGAUUAUAAACUGGAUUGUGCCUUCUUAUGGAUUAAAUUCUAACCUAAAAGGGUAAUGAAAAUGUUUUAGCGUUAGAAUUGUCCGAAUUGACACAUUUUGAUGGAUAUACAGUCCAGAGCGCAGUCUAUGAAAAGUAAUCUGGAUAUCUCUUUUAGUUUUGGUGACUAGUUAUUGUAAAAAUUAAGGUUAUAUUGUGCAUAACCUCAAAAUACUUCACAGAAACAACUGAAAUAUGGCUCCUUUUGUCAAUAUGACUUGGAUAUUUAGAUUACAAAGCUAUUUGGCUUGCUUUUCUUACAAUCUUGAAGACCAGAAUCUACCUUGCAGGCUACAUGAGUCUUAUAACCUAAAAUAUGAAUUAAAGAGCUCUGUAAGAGUAGCAGACGUUACGAUAAAGUCUUUUGCAAUAUAAAAUUUUAUGAGGACUAAAACUAUCGAGGUUUUCCACAAAAAUAAGGCUUGAUUUGUGAGGUUAUGAUAAACUUAACCUCACUUUCCAGGUAACCCUUAAGCCAAAUGAGGGCACGAGGCCCACUAUUUUAAAGACAAAGAAAAGUUAUGCAAUCGCCUAAAACAACAAAUUCUAGAUAGAAGUUACUAAAAACAAAAUCAACAAAAAAAAUAACACACUGGAUCAAUGUAUACAUUAAUUGGCGUUUGUACUUAACGAUUAAUUAAAAAAAAGAAACAAGGAGGUGAGUCGUGAGAGCAGAAAAAAGCGAAAAGUGAAUUAGAUGAAAAAAAAGACAUAAUUAAUUGCUGGGAAGAGGGGACAAGUCCAAUUGCUGAAUCAACCUUGCAAUUCUAAUUACUUGUUAAUUUCCAGUGUGUACAAAGUUGUAGGUAAAAUAGGGAUUAAAAAAAACAAAUGAAAUAAAAUUAUCUCUAAAUUUUUUCUAGGUAUUGUUGAAUUGUAAAAUUGAUUAAAAUUGAGAAGUAAGACGCAGAGAACUAAUUCACCUCCUUUUUUUUCAAGAAAAUUUUAUGGUUAACAGAAGAGAAAUUGUAUCUUAAUUUUGUGGCGAAGAAAAAGAACCUCUGAGUGAAUUCUUUUUUGAAGAAAUUAAUUUAAAUUUACUCUCAGUACUUACAGAAAAUUCCGUCAAAUUUCUUGGUUUUUGUACUUAAUAAUGUAUUUCAGGUACGAUUUGGAAGAUGUUUAACUGUUCCUAAAGUGUUCUAAGUCUUUAGAAACUAUUUCUAACCUUCAAUAUUGAUUUUUUAUUAGUUCUUUGGUCGAUUCUUAGUAGAAAGUUUAAGUAAGGUUUCAGAAAACUACAUAAAACAUGCCAACAGUGUUUUAUUUUAAGGUUAUAUUUGAUAUAACCUCAAAAUAUGAAAGAUUCUACAAAAAAUUGCAGUAGCAAGCAACUUUAUAAUCAGGUAUAGUCAUUUUCAGCAUUAAUAUAGAAACCUGACGCAUAAUUUCAAUUUAUUGCAAUAUUUUUAGGUUAGAUCUAACAUAACCUAAAAUUUUACAAUAACUUGAUACAUUUACUAGAUUUUCCGAACAAAAACCAUUAGGUGUUCGAAUUUUUGGAACAAAAAUGAAGCCCGAUCUACCUUUCUGUCCAGUAAAUAUCCGUUGAUUUUCGAUUUACCCUUUACUAAUUCGAAAACAUAAACUAAAAUAUUAGAACAUCAAAAAGGAUUUAGGAAAUGCCGGAAAAACUUCAUGCGCUCUUCGAAAUCACAUUAAAGAAUUCAAAAGAAAUUUCUAAGAUUAGUUUGACUUUUAUUUUUAGUCAAGUUAAUUGUUAAGAACAUCAAAAAUUUGAGCAAAAGUACAAAUAAGUGCUCCAACGGUGAAUACGUGAAGCUGCCUAUGGAUUUCCAAAUGAUUUUCGAAUAUUUGUGACAUGACAAGCACUUCGAGACUUUAUUUAAAAACUCAUCGACGUCAAUGAAAUCCUUUGUCAAAAUUCAAACAGUUUAUAUUCUCUUCGGAAUUCUAUUUAAAAUUCCGAAUAGACAAUAUCAAAAUAGAAUUUUAUGACAAAAUGAAAAUUUGUUACAGGAAAUAAAAUAUCGUAGAAGUGAAAAGAUUGAUUACUUGAUUUACUCUGUUAAUUGACAAGAUCAUCAAAAAUUUGAGAACAAGUACCAAUAAAUGUUCUAACGGCGAAUACGUGAAGUUGUUUUUGGAUUUUCGAAUAUUUGUGACAUAUCGUUUGUCAAAAAUUCAAACAGUUGCCAUUCUCUUCGCAAUUCCGUUUAAAAUUUCGAAUAGAACGUACUAAAGGACGGUUCAAAUGUUCAUAUUUGAGGAACUCGACUGUACUUAAGUGUUCUUUUGUUUCUUUAAGUUGUCAAAAAUAACAAAGUUUCGAAGCAAACUUCGAAGUAACGAAUAUGUGAAUUUCGACUUCGAAUUUCAGUGGAAAUUCGAUUGGCUCAGUCUUUUUGGAAAUUUCUUUGAAGAUUAUUCACGGAAAAUUAGAGGGAAAUAGUUCAGAAAACAUCGGAAAAAUUACAAAGAGCGUUUUGUUGCCUGUCAAAUAUACGAGUAAUAUAUUCAUUCUGUUCGAAAAAUCCAAAUUGAAAGUACUAUCCGCGCUCUAGCGGGCGAUACGUCAGGUGUUUGAAGUUCCGUUUUGGUAUUUCGAAAAUCUAGCCAAAGAUGUUAUUAGAUGUUCGAAAUUCCGAAUAAAAAGUACUAUCAGCGCUCUAGUGACGAAUACGUCGAUUUGACGUUUGAACCUCCAUUUUGACAUUUUGAAAAUCCACUCAAAGAUAUUAUUCUAUAUUCGAAAGUUAAAAUAGAAAGUACUAUUCGCACUCUAGAAGGCGAUGCGUCAGGUGUUUGAAGUUCCAUUUUGGCAUUUUCAAAAUCUACUCUAAAUCUUAUUGGAUAUUCUAAAGUCUGAAUAGAAAAAAACUUACAGUGUUCUAGUGACGAAUACGUCGAUCUGAUAUUUGAACCUCCAUAUUGACAUUUCGAAAACCUACUCAAAGUUGGUACUGGAUGCUCGAAAUUCCGAUUAGAAAGUACUAUCUGCAUUCUAGUGGUGUAUACGUCAACUGGGUCUUUAAGACUCCAUUUUGACAUUUCGAAAAUCCACUCAAAAUGUUAUCGGUAUUCGAAAGUCCAAAUAGAAAGUACUAAAAGCGUUCUAGUAACGAAUACGUCGAUUUGAUGUUUGAACCUCCAUUUUGACAUUUUGAAAAUCCACUCAAAAUGUUAUUCGAUAUUCGAAAGUCCAAAUAGACAGUACUAACAGCGCUCUAGCGGGCGAUACGUCAGGUAUUUAAACCUUCAUUUUGACAUUUCGAAAAUCUUGUUAGACGCAACCAUUUCAUUUUUUUUUUUCGAAUAAAACAUCUUCCGAAUCGUAGUUUGUGUUCACUUCAAUUACCAGUCAAGAGAUCAUCUUAGUCAGCUUCUUCAAAUGUUCAACGUACACCAAAUUUAUCUCAAGAGGUUGAUUGUGCAUAAAUUAUUUUGUUCAGUUUACUAGAAAUUCUUAAAGAAGAAUUCACUCAUGAAAAUAUAUUUGUAGAAAGAGAAAUCGACAUAGAAUUUAACAAAGUAGAAAACUAAACAAAAAGUGAUUUAAAAGUCUAAUUCACCGUAAAGAGCAAUGCUAGGACAAUUUUUGCUAAGGAAAAAAGCAUCAGCCAAUGGGAUGGCAGGAACGUUUUCGACUGGAAAUGGGCUUUUUCUAUUGGCUGAUUCGUUUUUUUGUUUGGAAAAUUGGUCAUUUUGUUGCUGUUUUGCGUGAAAAUAAGUAUAUCCAUUUCUUAUAUUUUUUUCAAGUUAACCAACAGACUUUUUUUUUUGAUUAUUAUCUUAAGAUCAUUGAAAAGUAGAUGAAAAAUUUCUAAAAAAUAAAUUCAAAGUAGAUUCUCUCUAGAAUGAAAAAAAUAUGAAACAAAUAUUAAGGAAAAAGGCGACAAAUCUGUAUAAAAAAAAUCUUUUCAGAUCAUUUUAUUACUUUUUUUUUAAGCAUUAUCCAUCAGAGAAAUUUAUUUUAUUUUCGAAAAAGCUCCAAUUGUUUAUUGAAAAAAAAAUCGAUUUUUAGUGGAAGAAAAGAAAGUUAAGAAAACUAUAAUUGUUAAUAAAAGAGCUGUUCUUUUCUUUUGUAUAAAAAAAAACAUUAUAUUACCAUUAUAUUCUUUAUCAACUUUUUUUUUUGAAGACGUAUAAGAAAAAGAAAAGGAAAAAUCA